AGGAAAAGCAGAAACGAGAGAGCAGAGAGAGGAGGGAGGGAGGAGGAAGAGCAGGAACAAGAGAGCAGAAAGGAGCAGAGACAAAUAACAGAUAUAUAGAUAUAGAUAUAAAUAGCUAUAGAUACAGAUACAUGUAGAGAUAUAGAUAGAGAGAUACAUAUACAGAUAUAGACACAUAAAUAAAGAGGUGAAUAUUUAACAGAUGGAGUCUGAAGAGAAUCUGAUCAACGUUUUCCUGAUGCUGUUCAUCGGAUCGCUGCUCACUGUGGUAGGUCCUUCUGCCCCUGAGGAGGGCUGGCAGGUGUACAGUUCAGCUCAGGACUCUGAAGGUCGAUGUGUUUGUACGGUGGUCGCUCCUCAGCAGACGGUCUGCUCCAGAGAUGCUCGAACCAAACAGCUCAGACAGCUGCUGGAAAAGGUUCAGAAUAUGAGUCAGUCCAUUGAGGUUCUGGACCAGCGCACUCAGAGAGAUCUGCAGUUUGUAGAGAAAAUGGAAGUUCAGCUGAACGGUCUAGAAAACAAAUUCAAACAGGUGGAAGAUGGACAUGAGAACAACAUCGCUAGACAGUACAAGUCCAUAAAAGCAAAGAUGGAGGAGUUACGUCCUCUGAUCCCAGUCCUGGAGGCAUACAAAGCGGACGCUCUGCUGGUCCAACAGUUUAAGGAGGAGGUGGCGAAUGUGACAGAGCUGCUGGGAACGCUGCAGGAACAACUGGGAGGUCUGGACUAUCAGGAGCUCCACAGCCGAGUGACGAGCCUGGAGGACCGACUGAGGGCCUGUAUGCAGAGGCUGGCAUGUGGGAAACUGACAGGAAUCUCUGAGCCCAUCACCAUCAAGACCUCUGGAUCGAGGUUUGGAUCAUGGAUGACUGACCCGGUUGCUCCCACUGGAGACAACAGAGUUUGGUACAUGGAUGGUUACCAUAACAACCGCUUUGUGAGGGAGUACCAGUCAAUGUAUGACUUCAUGACGACAGAUAACUUCACCUCUCACCGACUGCCUCACCCCUGGUCUGGUACUGGUCAGGUGGUUUAUAAUGGAUCCAUUUACUUCAACAAGUUUCAGAGUCACACCAUCAUCAAGUUUGACUUCAGCACUUCACUCAUCAGCCGCUCUCGACAGCUUGACUUCGCCGGUUACAACAACAUGUACCAUUAUUCUUGGGGGGGGCACUCAGAUAUCGACCUUAUGGUGGAUGAGGGGGGGCUCUGGGCCGUCUACGCCACAAAUCAGAAUGCUGGAAACAUCGUUCUCAGCCAGUUAAACCCAAAUACUCUGCAGAUCAUCCGUAGCUGGACCACCAACCACCCAAAACGUAGUGCUGGUGAGGCAUUCAUGAUCUGUGGAACCCUGUAUGUUACCAAUGGAUACUCGGGAGGAACUAAAGUAUAUUAUGCCUACUCCACCAACUCCUCCACCUAUGAGUACAUCGAUAUUCCUCUGACCAAUAAAUACAGCCACCUGUCCAUGCUCGACUACAACCCCCGAGACAGAGCACUAUAUGCCUGGAACAACGGCCACCAAGUCCUUUAUAAUGUUACUCUCUACCACAUUAUACAAUAAGAUUAAAGGUGCAAGUCCUGUAUAAUCUUAGACUCUACUACUUUACACAGUGAAAAAUAAAUUCAUUAAAAUUUGAGAAUAGAAAAAAAACCUGCAUCCUUUAGAUCAGGCAUCGACAAACACAAAGGUCAAACACCUAUUGUAUGAUAUUGUAUUGUUUAGAUUUAAAAUGGUUCUAGCAUUCCAAGUUCCCUUAAUUGACUGACUGUGCAAAGUGUUAAUCUUCCUGCUGUGCUCAGAUCAUUGAAUAUAAUUAAUAUUUAUGGAUCCAAUAUAUAUUUAAAGAAAAAAGAAAAGAAAAAAUCACAAGUUUGUAUUUAGUUAAUUAAUUAAUUAAUUUUUUCUCUAGAAACAUGUGGUUGGCCAAAUAAGACAUUAUGGUGUGCCAACUUUGGCCAGCCCUGCAUUAGAUAAAUCCUCAAGUAAAUUUUUUUGACCACAUGUUGUUUGAAGUUUGAUGAUACAAAUGCACUUCAAAUGUAAACACACAUCACACAGAAAUUCAACUUUCACAAUAAUAGACACUCAAAUGGCACUGAAGAAUGCUACACGUGUUAUCAAGACUUUUUUCUGUGAGUGAUAUUUUCUGACUUUAUGAAAUCAGACGUACUGUUCUUACUCUUAAGUAAUAAUAAUAAUAAUAAUAAUAAUAACUCUUUUCUUACUGUUGUGCACAGUGAUAUAAAACAUUUACGACUAUUUGUUUUCUAAUAAUUCCUUCAUUUUUAAAAUUAGUUGUUGUAGGUUUAGCAAGUUUACCCCAAAAUUUUUCUAUCCAUCUUUUGACGUGGUAUCACCACACACUAGGAAUACUGGGAGAUGUAGACCCCUCAGCAGCCUCAUUCACGAAUCUGGUCCUCCUCAGCUGGUUUCUGAACAAAUUAAGCUGAAGCUAUAACAUAAACAUUACCGUAUAUGUUGUUGGUAUUUAUUCAUCAACUUCAUGUUAAAGUAUUUUUUCAUACAACUCUCAAUUCUUCUGGUCUGCUGGUACAUUCAGUCCUUCAUUCAAAGCACUGUCCGCAACCGUCCAUCUUUAGCUCAGGAGCCUCCAACACCAGGUCAGGCGUGUUGGUCAGAAGCAUUAAAAGGAUGUAAUAAUGGGAGACUACAGGUCCAAGUUUAAAACAUAUUCAGCUCAGUGAUGAUUUGUCACAUUUCGAGGUCUUCAGUAUUUCCUACUUUCUUUUGUUUUUCGUUUCUUGUGUUCUGGUACCUUCAUUUAAAUUUUUUUUUUACACAUAUACUAUUUGAGUUUUCUGUGUAAAUUUGAUCUGUGUGUAGGAGUAAGUGAAAACAACACUGAAAAUAUAUGAAUUUAUUGAAACUAUUACAGUUGAUUAUAACAAUAACUGAAAUUUUCUAUUGUUACUUCUUUGUGUUUUGUAUUUCAGAUACAGAUUCGUACUCUAUUUGAUGUCAGACUUCUGUCUCUCGUUCCACAGUGCAGUAAUUACGUGUUAUGAACUGAUGGGAACAGCAGGAGAUGUUUUAUUAUACAACAAACUGCAUGUAAAAUUUUAAAGGAUUGCUCAGUUUUUGUAGCCACUAGCCUUAACAACUGAUGAGUUUUGGAUUGCAUCACAAUCAUGAGGUUUAUUUUUCGUUUAUUAGUUGUUGAUUUUUUUACAAAAGUAAAAUAAAUAAAAUUUACAGUUUAGCGCUUAUCUUUGUGUGUUUCAAAUGAGCUGAUGUUGGUGCGAAAUACUGUUACAAAGCCCUGAAUCAAUAUUAAAAAACAUUUCUUACAUCUUCUUAA